AUGUUCCGAGUCUCUCGCUUCUUACUUGCACCAGUAAAAGUCAAACAAACCACAGGAUUGGUCGGAUUCCCUGUCCAACCAAGAUGGAGGGAGAUGAUCUUGAAACUUUGCGAUGAUGGAUUGAAACUAUUGGAACAACACAACAUUCCAAAAGGAACCUUUUUCAGGACUUCAAACGAAAAUAACUUUAAAUAUUUCCAACAAGUAGUAAAAUCAACUGAUGAUUAUGAAGUUGUUGAAGACACAUUAAAUAGAGGACAAGUAGAGGAAAUUAUUGUUUUAUUGGAAGAUCAACUUGAUUUAAUUCCAAAGAUGGCCGAGUGGAGGGCAUGGGAAGUUGAUGCCGAUGAUGUCAAAUUAGAAAAAGAUGACGCUGAAACACUUGAAUAUGAUUGUGAUAUACCAAAGGACCACGUUCCACCAAAGAUGAAGUUCCUCACAUGGGAUGGUAUCUAUCAAACAGAAUAUACACCAGAGGAAGUGAAACAAAUGUCAGAGGCUGCCAAACAACAACAACAAUAG